AGAUCGAUAUCAUUCCAGGCAAGCGUAUAUAGUUGAAAUUUCCUCGACUUCUUCAGUCAACAUGAUGAGGCUGAUUUUUCUAUUUCAUAAAUGAAAUGAACAGUUCAUCUGCUUGUGAUUAAAAUGGUCUGAUUUAAUUAGAUAAACCAAUUCAUCCCUUCCCCUUUAAUCCUUAUCCUUUUUCCAGUUUGUACCUUUUUAGCAUAACAAGUAAGCCGUAUGACAAAUCUUGCUUUUACAAUUAGAUAAUUAUAAUGGCCACUGUUCGUCCUAUUCCGUCAACUCCAUCCUGCUCAUCACAAUCAUCUUUACCGCCAUCAUACGCUAUUUCGGUACAUGAUCAUAUUUUACCCAUUGGAUGGCAAUGUAAAUAUGACCCCAAGACCAAUAAGUACUAUUUUUUCAAUGAAUAUGCUUCAAAUGCAUGGGAUUUCUUCCGAACUGGACAACAAGGAUCUUGUCAGUCAUCGAGAUCAUCAUCCCCUUCACACACUUACACUAUUAGAAGUCAUUACCAGCCCUUUUCAGCCCGUUACAAAGCAAAUGAUUCAACGGUUCAGCGUAUUAACAAGAUGUUUCCUGAUGUUGAUGAAACUUAUAUAGCUCAGCUGCUGCGAAAAAAUGCUAAUCGAGAAUACGUGGUCACCAAUAUUUUGAAAAAUGAAAGUUACGCUAAAACAUAUCAAACUCAACCCGAUGAAGCUCUAUUCUACAAAUUGAAGGCUAAAUUUCCUACAGUUGACCCAACAACCAUAAGGCAACUUUUGUGCAAAUAUAAUAAUAGUGAACAUGAUGUUAUAUCCGGGAUUAUUGCAACUCUUGCCCCUCAUGUGGGUCGAUACCAGUCAUUGGGUUCACCAAAGAUGAAGUUACGUUACAUCAAAAUCCUCUACCCUGAUGUUGAUGAGAUCGUAUUGUUUGAUCUUCUUUACAAUUGUGAUCAUAAUGUUAGCGAUGUUAUGGAAAGAAUCGAGAAAAUGGGCUACAAAAAGAAGGAAGGGCCAAUAAGACCGACUUUUUUAAACACCGAAAGUAAAAUUUCCCGUCCAAAGUCAUCCCAUGGACCGAAGCAAACACAGUUUCCACCAAACAUAUUUGAAAAGCAAAAAAUGUUUGAAAGUUUGCAAACGGAAUUUCCGAAUGCUGAUAGAGUCCUUAUCAAUAUGGCCUUGGAAAGUUCGUCUUUUAAUGAGGAUCGAGCUCGCCUGUUUUUAAAUUCAAUGACUCCUCAAGAUUCCGAAAAAUAUUUACCAAAAGAUUGGACCGAUAGUCAGGCAACUUUGACAACACUCAAUACAAAAUCUACCCAAACUGGUGCUUUCAUUGCUUCAAUGUUGGGAACACCAAUCAUCAAAAGAAAAACUAACCCAGAAAAAACGCUGAAUAUUGGAACAAGUACAAGGGAAGACGGAAUCAUUAUCGAGGAUAAAAAGAAGCCAGUAGCUAAAGGUCCUGAUCCAUCAAAUCGUAAAGGCUCAAACAUAUUUAAUUUAAUUAAAUCUUACAUGCCAUGGAGAGGUGCAGACUCUAAGAACCGCUAUGGACCAGAAGCUUCAAAUCGCAAAGGUCCAUCGUUUUUCAAUAAACUUGGCUGCAGUGGCAAGGCUAAAGGUCCUGAUGCCAAAAAUCGUAAAGGUCCAUCCAACUUUUUCCGUCGAAAGAAACAGCAGGUCGAUGAAAGUUGAAAUUUACGCCUGAAAGGUUGAAACUCAAAACAAUGUUCAAUGAGAAUGGCAUUAUUUCAAGAAUUUUCAUUAGAAAUUUCAAGUAAUCGUCAUUGCACAAAAUUUGUCACCAGGAUAAACGAUACUAUCAAACAAUUAGAGGAUUAUUAAUUUCUAUUUUAUACGGUAAAUUGAAAUUGACAUAAUCCUAUUCUAUUACUGUGCAAUCUUUAUAAGUUGUUUCUUAACAAUUUUUGCUUUUUAACUCAUUAGCAUAGCUAAAAGCUUUCUACCAUAUAAUGUACCAAUGUAUUUUAACGAUAAAUCUUUUGGUAAACUAAAUUUUCAU